AUGAUUAGCAAGAAACCCAAGACUGCAAGGCUACGGCUAUUGACAGGAGCACUAAAGGAGCUCCUCCAGAACGAGGGCCAAGUUGGUGCAAAGAAGGAGGAGGCCAUUGGCGAGUCCACGCCAGUAAUGGAGAAGAACGGGAUCGUUUAUAUCAUGUCUAAAGAGAACCAAUUGAUCCCAAAGUUAUCUGAUGAGGAGGUGAUGGAGCGGCACCGACGUGCAGACGAGAACAUGAAACAGGCAUGGGCAGAUAUUAUUGAAAAGUACGAAAGCGUGGAGGAUCAAGGCGAUGUGGUAGAUCUUCAGACAGGUGAGAUCGUUGAAGACAAUGGCCACAUACGCAGCAUCCAGUCCUUUGGGUCUGUGCGAGACACCAAGGACGUAGCUGCCGACGUAAAGUACAAGAGCGUGUUAACGGAUAUUCUAGAUAUUGAAGAUGACGGCCGAAACGUGUGGCUGAGUGGUGAAGAGGAGGACAAAGAUGAUAGCUAUGCUACGAAUACAAGUGAUGAUGGCGCUACGUCGGACCAAGACGGUUCUGGCAAUCAGUAA